AUGUUAGAGAUAAAAUUGGCCAUGUUGUUUGAGUUAGAAUUACAAGAAAGUGAUGGUUCUCCUUCAUCCAUGUCACAAAACCUCUCCAGGGAUCCACAGCCAACCUCCAGCGGCUGGGGAUGGGCUAGUACAGAUGGUGAGAAUGCUCUGGAAGAAGGUGUCCCAGUCCGUAGGGGCACUUUCAAUCAACCCGGUCAGCUCAUCGAUGAUGGUGAUGGUGGACGGAUCCCGGUGGAAGAGUGGCUGCCGAUCACAGAAUCAAGAAAAGGGAAUGUUUACACGGCGACGUUUCAUCUUAUCUGUUCGGGACUUGGUUUCCAAUUGCUUUUUCUCCCUGCUGCUUUCGCAACAGUUGGAUGGUUAUGGGGAACGAUUGUUUUAACGGUGGGAUUUGCAUGGAAGCUUUACACAAUAUGGCUUCUUGUUAAUCUCCACGAAGCCGUACAAGGAAUACGUAUCAGUAGAUACUUGAGACUUGUAAUUGCUUCAUUCGGUGUGAGGCUUGGGAAACUUCUGGGAAUAUUCCCUGUGAUGUAUCUUUCAGGAGGAGCUUGUGCAAUUCUGGUUAUAACCGGAGGGAAAACAAUAAAUCAACUUCUACUCAUUAUGUCUGAAAAUGACACAGAGCCACUUACUACCGUGCAAUGCUUCUUGAUCUUCAGCAUCCUCGCUGUGGUCAUGUCUCAGUUUCCGAACAUGAACUCUCUUUUUGGAAUCUCGUUGGUCGGUAGUCUUAUGGCCGUAGCAUAUUCCACCGCAGUAUGGACUUUACCUCUAGCUAAUGAAAGGAAUCAUCAUCAAAACAAUGUCUCUUACACUACAAAUGAUACAAGUUUCGAAAACAUUAUCAACGCAAUUGGAAUGAUAGCUAUGGCAUUUCGCGGGAACAACCUCGUCCUAGAGAUACAGGGUACUCUACCUUCCGAUCCAAAUAAUCCUUCGAGAAAGACAAUGUGGAGAGCCGUGGUGAUCUCUCAUGUGAUCAUCGCGAUUUGCAUGUUUCUAGUAGCCAUUGUUGUAUAUUGGGCAUACGGUGACAAGAUUCCGGCUACGGGAGGUCCAAUAGGCAACUACUUGAAACUUUACGAACAAGGCUACUCAAAGCAAGCCGCUUGUUUCAUACACCUCACGUUUAUCUUCUAUUGCUUAUGCUCAUAUCCGAUAUUCUUAAUGCCAUCAUGUGAUAACGCAGAGAUGUUGUACAUAACGAAGACACAAAAGCCUUGCUCCUUCUUUGUCCGGAUGAUGUUGCGCGUGUUAUUGGGUUCGGUUAGUCUCUUAAUAGCCGUUGGAUUCUCGUUCAUGACUUAUCUUGCGGUUCUUAUCGGAGCAGUAGGCUUGCUUGUUACGUCUACAUACCCGUGUUUCAUGUGGAUAUCUCUCAAAAAUCCCCAGAGGAAAAGCUUGAUGUGGUUGUUUAACGUUUUGGUGGGAAGUUUAGGCGUGUCUCUCAGCGUUUUGCUUGUGGUUGGCUCGUCUUUGCGUUUGGCUGAUACGGGUUUACAUGCAAACUUUUUUAAACCCUAGGGCAUAUUUCGGAAAGUUGUUUAUUUUAAUAUGAACUUUACGCGUUGUGCCUAUUCUUUCACGAAUUUUGUAAUAGUACGUAUUCCGCACUGAACUAAACAAAAUUUUUAAAAUACUAUAUGAACUUUAUGCGUCCUGUCUAUUC